AUGGAUUCUCAGUUAUGGGUCCCAGUUCCGAAAUUGCAAAACACAAAAUCUGACGAUAAUAAGGAGAAACAUGACCCAAAACAGAGUGUAGCAAAACAAACACACGUAGAUCAAAAGAGUGAGUCCAACUCUGGUAAACAUGGACCACAAAAUAAGAGUUCCGCUCAGAACCCGGCAAUCAACAUAAGUAAAGUUCUUGACAACCAGGAGAAGUUUAGCCUGGAUAUCAAGAUUAACAAGAAGAGAACGCUGGAUGAUAUGUUCGAUGACGACUUUGAUGAAAACAACGCUCUUUCGUCGAACACAUCGUCAUCGUCGUCCUCCGCAAGGGUAGACACACACCAUGAUGGGCCAAGCAAAUCGACAACAAGCAGUGCCCAGAAAGAUAAACCAACAGAUGAUAUAAAACAUAACAAAUUUGAAGCUAAAGUACCCGACGGGAGCGGAUCUACGGAAACAUUGAGUUCGGCUACCUCUAAAUCGGACGAAUCGUCGACUUCAGGGACGCCGGACACACAAAAGAGGGAUAGGCCGGAUGAAAAGACAGUUGAGGAGUCGAAGAGACAGAAAACAGACUCGUCUAAAAGUGGGUCAGAAGGGAGCAGAUCAGGAACGGAAAGUCAGAGUGAUGAGUCAGAAAAGUCACCAUCAGAGGAGCCACUGUCGGAAAGACUUAAGUCACUGACUCAAGAAUCGAAUAAGGAUUCGCAGGUAAUGGAUGAAGCUCCUAAGGAAGUAAAGGGGCAGCUAGUGAAGAAGGAGCAGGAAGAUAAGAAGAAGGAGACGAAGGGAAGAAAGAAGGAGGAGAAGGUGAAGACGGAAGGCGCAGUGAAGAAGGAGAGUACAGGAAGGAAGGAAAAGACAGUGGACCCAAUAUUAAUAGAGGACACAAUGGAGCCAAUAAACCGCUGGUGGGAGGACAUCGACGACAACAUGGACUACAACAAGGGGCUGGAGUACGAAAGUAAGUCGAGCCACUGGAAGUACCUGGAGCACAACGGAAUGAUAUUUACGCCAGAGUACGUGCCGCACAACGUGCCAAUCAAAGUCAAGGGAGAGACGAUGAACCUGCCGCCUCACAUUGAGGAGAUAGCGACGAUGUGGGCACAGAGCAUAGGAACGAACUACGAAACGAGCGAAAUAUACUGCAAAAACUUCUGGGGAGUCUUCGCAGGAAAGUUCGACAAGGAACACCAGAUUAGAAAGUGUAAGCUGUCGGACGUGGACUUCAGCCUGAUCAAGAGCCACCUGGAGGAGGAGAAGCAGAAGAAGAAGGAAAACAAGGAAUUCUACAAGGCGAAGCAGCAGGAGGACGCUAAGAGAGAGUACAGGUUCAACUACGCACUAGUGGACUGGAUCAGAGAAAAGGUGAGCAGCAACAAGCUGGAGCCGCCAGGGCUGUUCAAGGGAAGAGGGCUCCACCCGAAGCAGGGGCUGCUGAAGCUGCGAAUGUUCCCGAAGGACGUGAUCCUGAACAUGUCGAAGGACGCGCCGGUGCCAAAGGUGUCGAACUUCAUGAGGGAAGGCCACUGCUGGAAGGACAUCUACCACGACAACACGGUGACGUGGCUGGCCUACUACAAGGACAGCAUCAACGACCAGUACAAGUACAUGUACCUCUCGGCGCAGUCGAAGUUCAAGGGCUUCCACGACUUCCUGAAGUACAACAAGGCGAGGGAGCUGAAGUCGUACAUCAACAAGAUCAGAGAGGACUACAACGCGAAGAUGCUGUGUAAGCGCGACCUACUCAGCCAUCUAUUUACACUGGACAUGUACGAAAAGCAGCUUGGAACUGCAGUAUACCUGAUAGACUUCCUGGCGCUCAGAGUGGGCGGAGAGAAGGACGCAGACGAGGCGGAUACAGUGGGAUGCUGCAGCCUGAGAGUGGAGCACAUCAAGUUUAGCGAAAAGAAGAAGAACACGAUCACGUUGGACUUCCUGGGAAAGGACUCGAUUCGAUACUACAACACAGUAACUCUCCACGACGUGGCGUACGAUAACCUGGCGAAGUUUUGCAACCGAAAGAAGCCGAGCGCAGAAAUAUUUAACCUGAUAAACAUAGUAGAUGGCAAGGUGAUGACGGAUAUACAGACGACAAAGCUGAAUGAUUACCUGAAGGAGCUGAUGGAUGGACUGUCAGCGAAGGUGUUCAGAACAUACAACGCAUCAAUAACACUGCAAAAUCAAUUUAAGAGGCUCAGGUCGAAAAAGAAAAAUUUCUCAAACAUAGGAUUGGUUGGAGAGCUUAAGGAUGAAACAGAAGAUGGAGUAGUAGGUGGAGUGGAAGAAAAAAAUGACAUGGAAACAGGAAGGACGACGUCAUCGCACUCAUCAACAAACACAGAUUACACGAGUUACACAGCAAACAGCAUAGACAUCAACAACAUAGAAGAAGCGGAUGAAUUAGAGUCAGAAGAUGAAGAUAAUACUAAAAACAAAGAUGAAAAGGAAGUUAAGAAGGAAGAAGAAGAAGAAGAAGGAGUUAAAAAGGAAAAUGAGAAGGAGGAAGAGGGACAGAAAAAGAAGCGAAAGGCGAAGGAUAGAAACACGAAGGACGUGACUGUGGACCUGACGAACGUGUCGGAGCUCCUGCAGUUCUACAACUACGCAAACAGAGAAGUGGCGAUACUGUGCAACCACCAGAGAAGCAUCCCGAAGCAGCACGAAACGUCAAUGUCGAAGCUGAAGGUGCAAGCAGACAUGCUGAAGGAGGACAUCCAGGAGCUGACGGAGUACGUGAAGCACCUGGAGUCAAACUCAAAGGAGGAGUUCAAGUUCACGUCAAAAGUAAACGACGUGAAUGGGAAUCCAAGAAAGCUGUUGACGAAACAGGGAAUGAAGAUGGACGCGGCCAAAAACAAGCUAGCAACACUAAAGAAAAAACAGAAGGACCAUACGAUAAAGAUGAGAAUAAAGGACAGCAAUAAGACAGUGGCCCUGGGAACGAGUAAGAUCAACUACAUGGACCCGAGGAUCACAGUGGCAUUCUGCAAAAAGUACGAAAUCCCAAUCGAAAAGAUAUUCAACAAGAGCCUGCGGAUGAAGUUCCCGUGGGCAAUGUACGUGAGGUCGGACUUCAAAUUCUAA